GCUGAGUGCGACCUACGUCAUAACUACGCUUUAGAGGUUACAUUUCAUUGUUUACCGCUAAGACUUUUACAGUUUGGGUCAGUAAUUUCCCCAGAAUGUGUGUCAACCUGUUCCAGUCGGUGGAGUGAACUCCUUCCAUGCGGCUGUGGGUUUGAGCACGCAUGGGUUAAAGAGAACAAGCUUUCCCAGGUGGGUAAAACUGUGUGUUCCCUUUAAUUAGCACAUGACGGGCGCUGUGGCAGCAAUGCAUUGUGGUCUGAUGAGGACGCAGUAAGUGAAGAAGUUGGCAUUGAAUUAAAGAAUCUCAAAUUAUACUCACUUAUGCCUUACUUUAAUAUACAUUUAUAACAAAGCGAGUCAGAAAAGACUUCCAGUGGAGCUGACAAUACUAUUGAUUGUGUCAACACAUGACAUGAUGAUUUACCCGUCGAUGGAACCGUUUUGACAGAAUAUCACAUUGCACGUCAGGAAAGCUCAAACUCAAAGACUAUUUCAUUGAUUACCUUUCAUUUUUGUAUUUGAUGGCAAGAGGCUGAAUCGCUUGAUUUCGUGCCUUUGUAGCAAGUGCCAACCGGGAAGAUGGAUUCACUCAGGGAUUUGCACAGAGGUUUGUGGUUUCUUCUGACGCAUUUCAAUACCUUUGGUGAUCCGUCUCUUUUAAUCUAGCACACUCAUUAGGUCCAAACUUCACUAGGAAAUAGCGCUUGACAUUGAGUGGACGUCUAGAGUCUAAUUGUAGUGUAGGUCGCCCAGUUUGUUCAUUUAUAGGUCCCUCACCACCCAUGUGCUGCUGGUUUUAUUUCUACGCUGCCCAGAGAUUUGUCCAAAACUUGUCGUGUCGUACUGUGAUCUGAAACUGUCUUUUCCCCCGAGACGUUCUUAAACUGUUUGGCCUUUUGUUUUUUAAUGGGUGCAGACACGGAUAAUGCACUGCAGCCUGGAUUGGUGCUUUACUGCUGCUUGUCCAAAAUGCAACGUAUUUAACACGAAACACAUGGUCCUACGGAAAGAGAGUGGUUUUUUUGCAGAGAAACCCGGCCUGAGGUUCCCUGAAGAGGUUUCAAAGACAAAAGCCUGCUGCCGUAAUUGAUCUUCUAAUUGAAGAGUCAGGGCAGGUGGACUCCUCUCUAAUUAGUUUAAUCAGUAAUGGAUUCAGAGGAGAUUAUGUGGGAUCAUUCAUUGCAUUGUAUGAACUCCUAAACAGAGCUUCAUUUGUAAUAAUUAUGAUGAAGGCUUGUUUCAAAGUUUAAUCUGGGGGCCUUAACACUGCUGCUGCCAACAAAACAACCCCAAAGGGGACUAAAGGUGUGGUUUGUGGAAAGAUUUAUUUAAGGUGGAGGAGGAAAAAGAGAGAAAGCGAGGAAGAGGAGAUGAAUCAGUUUUGUAAAUGGGGAAUCCGUUUUCUCCAGAGGUCAGAGUGGGAGGCUCGGCCUGUCACCACAUGAUGGAUGCUGGCGGAUGUUUUGGGGGAUAGAAUGCGGGGCAGCGCCUGUUAAAGAGGAGGACGUUUGUUCCUCCUGAUGGACCACUCAGAAAAAUCACAUCGGCCAAUAAGAUUAGAUGAAACUGCAAAGAUGUCCUCGGGGGGGGAAAUUAGCUUGUGAAGCAUCGUGUGGGUCAGAUGGAGACAGAGAACUGACAAUAAUACAACUACAACACAACUGCACAUUGACAAUCAUGCAGGAAAUAAAAUAUCAGGCGUCUUCAUUUCAAGCUGUGUUGGAUUUAUAGAGUUUGAUUUUCUACUUUUUCUACCAUCUAAGCAGUUAGGAGGGAAAACGCAUACUAAAGGAAACUGAGGCAUGAUUUUGAAAUCAACUAGACUGAUCUUUAAAGAGAAGAUUCAAUAGAUUUACUUAAUUUAGUUUAUUUUUGUUUUGUUUUUCUCCUUAUUUUCACUCUAAUGUUCAAUAUUAAGGUCGUCCUGUGUGCAGAAAUUCAUGAAUAUUACAUCAGAUCCUCCAUAAAAUUGGAAGUGAUAUCCAGACGUGGCCCUUUCCAAGUAGAAAAUGAGUAAAAGCCGGCACAAAGUGAGGAUGUGACCGGCAGCGUGUCCUUCAGAGUUCAAUCCACCAAAUCAGGAACUUCUUCCAUUAAUCCUGUCAGUCAUCAGUCUGAGGAAAACCUGUACCAGAACCCAAGCACUUUUCUGUGAAGCUAAUCAGCAUAUGGGAGGAGUAGAUCCUCACAGAUGCAAAAGCCAAAGGUGGUACAUCAGUGUUCUUCUACUUCUUGGAUGUUUUUUUCUUACGUGGACCUACAACUUUAGUAUGUUUGCACUUUUUCUUCUCCGUUAAUAUAUUUUUAAGAAGGUAUAUCUUGGCACAACUUGAUUCCUCAAAACUUAUUUGACAAUCUCGUCUCAGUGUCUUCAUCCAUAGGAAGUGUGUCGGGUGGAUGUAAUGAGAGCCUCACGAUGGCUGCUUGGCAGAGGACAAAAUCCCACACACAGGGGCACUUGGAGCUGAUUUGGCAACACAAUGGAAAGGCGAAUCAUAAUGGCCUUUUGAGUCCUCAUUAGUCCUUAUUAAGAUAGAGGAAAUUACACUAGAGAGAAAAAUAUUCACUUCUUAGCUGUUUAUUAUAUUCAGUUUAACUAAGAGAAUAGUGUGAUUAUUAUGGUACAUCCCUGCAUUGUGUUCAGCUAUCUUUCAAUGUAAAGAUGUAAAGCUGCAUUGAUGAGAGACGUAAGAGUUGGAGUGAACACGUUUUUCAUGGCGUAAAGGUCAGCUGACCUGCUCGUUCUCCUGAUGCAGAGACAACCCCUUAAUUAUGGCAGUCCUGUCCAAGAAAAUCCAAACCUUGUCAUUUCUUUCAGAACACACACGUUUAAGUAACAGUAACAUUGUUUAAAUUAACAAAAGGUAGCUUUUGCAAUUUUGUUAGGGUUGCAGAAAGUAGCGUUAUCCUUGUAGUUGAUUCAGCCCGGACGACGGCUGCUUGUACUUGAGUGGGAGUGGGAGCGAGUCCCUCUUUAUUAACAGUUUUAUACACCUAAAAUCCACCUCUUUUUUUUCCCCACUAUGUUUCUCUUCUGGCUCUCUGCGUUGUCUAUUUGGCACAGGGCUGAAGUGAGGGAUUACAUGUGAUUAAACUUCUGGAAUUUAAUAAUGAGUUUGGAGGGAUUACACACAGACAUAGCCCUCCCAGAAUAUAGCACGAACGAUCAUUUUUGCAGAAGAACUCUGACGUAGUUGCACUUAAAAGAUAACAAAACGCACACUGUAAUCUGCUUUUACAGUUUUACAGAAGUAGGGAAUCGAAGUGCAGAAGUUCUCACAUUAUCUUUGAUUAAAGAUUCUUUUGUUCAGAAAAUGAUGCCCAGGGCACCUAAAUCUUGAAUCUUGUCUUUUUUCAAAAGUAACUGAAAACCCCUUCUCCAGUGGACACUAAUACGUAUACUAAUAACUAAUGUGAAUACUAAUAACUAGUGCAACGUAGUAUUAAUACUUAAUUUACUGUUUUCUCAUUUUCUGGCCCACAGUCAAAGGUCUGAUUAACUCAUUUUGAUAUGCAUGUUGAUAUUUUUAAUAAUGCCUUAUUCUUCAAACUUACUGGCCACUCUAACUGUGUAUCUUUAGUAUUCAUGUAAUGCCGUUCUAGUGGCUUUAAAAACCUUUCACCAGGUUAAUACCUAAUUGAAUUCACAGUGAUUGCUGCGAUUCAAACUCAAUGUGCAGCAGACGGUGCUUAAUCACGCGUGGCACUGCCUGACUGAAAGGUCUUUAUUGGAAUAUGUCCUAUGCUGUAGUUGCCGUGCGGGUGGAUGAAACAAUUACUGUAAGUGUAAUGCUUCAGUAGGCAAGAAAAUCCACCCGUUUUGUCAAACUAAAUCCCAGUGGGGCUGCUGCACAGAGGGCCUGGUCCCGUCUGCACUAGUUGGGAGAACAAAUAUUAAAGGGAUAGUUUGGUUGUUUUGGGGUGAGGUUGUAUGAAGUACUUAUAGAGCGUCAGUACAUUAACGCUGAUGGAGACUGAAUUACUUCACGGGUUAAACAGGAAUAUCAAAUCUCACGUUUUGUGACUGGUUCAUUAUCUUCCCCCUAAUUAGCUGCAACUUCAAUAUCGCUGUGUUGUCUUUUGAUUGGUAUAUGGAAUAUGUCCAGGUUGCCCUUCUUCACCGCAACACCCUCCGGCGGAGACCAAGGGACUUCUGCUGCGUGUGGGCAUUUGCAUGCAGCACUUGAGAGAACACCAUAUUGGCAUUUGUUUGGUGAAUAGUGACGCCUUUAGAAGAAAGAGCCUGAGACCAUCCAGUGGAGAAAUUGUCAUACGUAUGAUGUGUGUAAACGAGCCGGGCUGCUAUUUUACUUCCAAAUAGCAGAUGUUAUAUUAAGAGAAAAAGUAGAUUUUUUUUUAUUUAAAAAAACUAACCUGACCAAAAGGUUUAGCAUGCAACAUCUUCUCCUUCAGGUGUCCUUCAUAAUUCCUUCUCCUAUGGGUGCAUUUCAAUGUUCACCCAUUAGGAAGCAAUGGGGGAGGAAUAUGUGGCCUUGUUUUUUAAUAGGUCAAUAUGUUCCCUUACAAUCACUUGUUUCCCUGCAUGUUGCUGCCUGUAAAGCACAUGUGUACUUUGUGUGUUCUACAUUCAUGUGGCCAAGAAGAUGUCCUCUGAUUUGUAUCGCUAUAGUAAGACAGGAAUCCGCUGCAUUUUAAACUCGCAGUAAUCUGCGUCUCUGGAGGUACACUAUUCUGAAAUCUGGUAUUUUUGUCUCAUUAAAUGCCUUCCGAGAAACAUUUCUCUCCGAGAGUUGAUCAAAGUAUGUUUGAGAACUCCAUUGCCCAGCAGUCCAGUCCUCAGACCCCGAGGUCGGGCCAGCCCUCGACCCGACGCUCCACGGCAUCGGCCAAUCACAACCUGGGGUCCAGCUCUGUCGACUCUCCAUCCUCUGGUGGCCAGCAGAGGCUCAAAAACGCCAUUAACCUGGGCAAGGCUGUCGGCGCAAAGGUCAAUGACUUGUUAAGGAGAAAGGAGCCCAGUCACCUCGGGGACAUCGGGGUCACUGAGGUCAACAAGAACGUGGAUGCAGUGUGGAGCGAUAUGGAACAUCUCAACCAGACCACUGCAAACAGCCGCAUCUCCUCGUUUGACUCCUUCCCCCGGCUGGACCCGCCACCCCCAUCGGGGAAGAAGCGCCUCCCCAGGGCGCUGAAGACCACCCAGGACAUGAUGAUCUCCUCUGAUCCCGUGGUCUCCUCGCCGGACCCCGCUGACUCUUCCUCCUUCCUUUCUUCUCCUGACAAGACGGCCCUCAUCGCCAAGGAGGAGCUGAGGAACGCCAAGGAGCAGCAGGGCGGCGAGAUGGAGGACGACGGACCAGAGGAGCUCGCGGAGAAGAAGCCCGUGGCCGAUUGUUGGGAGACAACCGGGAGCGCUGAGGCGCUCGAUGGAGGAGAACCUGUGGUGGAGAACGGGAGCAGCGCAGGAGGCGAAGAGGAGCACCAGCUGCAGCUCUCUGUGCCGGACCUCAUCAACAAAGAGCCCCCCCCGGACGUCUGGCAGAGGGCAGAGGGGUCGGACUCCCGGCUGGCCUCCACCCCCCGCUCGGGCAAAACGUCCUGCCGCAUCAGCCUGGGCGAGGAGGUCCUGCUGGGCAACGGCGCCGCCCGCAGUAAGAGCAUCGGGGGGAGCGCCGCUGACUCCGGGUCCCACCCGGACCUGCUGAUGUUUGAGUAACGAGGCAGACGCCGGUCCAGCACGCCUCAGAAAGAUCACAUGGGUCGCUCUGAAUUUCAAGUCGAGGGCUGAGAGGGUGAUUCAAACAGACUACGAAGACGCACCGUGGAUUAAAUAUUCACUGCCACUGCUACAUAUUUAACUCUCCCUGCUCCAGGGCACGCUUUAAGAAAAGGGAACAAGGGCUCCUGUGGAUCCGGGCACGGUCCAGGUCUGUGGCUUUUUAACUUUUCUGAAUCUUUUUAGAUGUUUAAAUGUCAUAUACAAUGUGGCAACAUAUCCCAGAGACACUAGCAGCUUCUGCCUGACGACAGGAGCGCAUAGCGACCAGCACCACAUGACCAUUAAGAGAGAGAACUUGUUGUUGGAGGCGUGGGUUCAUUAUGGUGCAGUGAGAAUUAAAUAUUAACAUUUCAAACAUAGAUUGUUACUACUAAGCAACAUCAUUUUAUCUUAACAGUCUAUCAUGUAAAGCUCUUCCAACAUUUUGUAACAUUUUUGUUUUAGGAAUGCAACAAUACCAAAUAAUGUAAUAGUGAAUGAAUUCGGGGUAAUGAAAUAUCCCUUUAAAUGGGCUAAAAGUGGUAAACUGGUCAUCAUAAAAAAAAAUUGUAAAUUGUUCUUCCAGAAAAAUCAAAACAAGUGAGCAAUAGAUCUUUUAAAUGUAUGAGGAGUUCUAUUAUUUAUCAGCUUUAAGUUAUUAUAUCAUCAUGCCAUUCAGUUCAGCUUUUGUUACAUUUAAAGGGAUAUUUGUUGUCACUCUGUAGUCCAUAUUAUACAAAAGCUGCCACAAUGAAACCAAUUACAAACCGCAUUGCAUUGGAUAUAAAUAGUAUACUUAAUUUUAGCAUAGAUUUUGGGGGGGUUCACUUUCAGUCGAGUCGCCACACUUACAUGCCGCCCAGUUUGUGAGGCCUGGAGGCCUUUUGACCCGCAGCAGCUUCAUAUUGCAGCAUCUCUGUCCCAUCUCUGGUCCGUUGAGAGUCAUAGACGUUUGUGCCCUGUGACCCUCAAAGGGACCUUUCAACGCUCCGCCAGCAGGAAACAGAUGCCACAACAUAGAGACACUCAUUAUUUUCUCCUCUAUUUGUUUGUGCCGAAAAUAUAUCGGAAUCACAAAUAUAGAGGCUUUACCUCUUCACCCCAGAGAGUGUUAGAGAUUUGCAACAGUAAAUAUUGGCUCGGCUUUAAGGUUUGAAUAAGCAAAUAUGGAAGAAAUAAAACUGAGUUUGCUGGCUGUCAGUAUAGUUAUUUGCCGUCUGUAUCUCAGGUCCAAGAGGAGAAUGGCUUCCAGUCUUCCUUCCGGCCAAGAAAGUCGUCUUCUGAGGCGGCUAAACUCAAAGUAGAUUCUUAUUAUUAUCCCCAAAAACCUGACAGCAAGUUGGUUUGAAAAGGGUAGAUGGGCGGCGUGUUGUUUUCCAUCGAAAGAGACUAACGAGCUGUCAACAGAGAGAUGAAAGAGGCGUGUUUUAUUGGAGCAGAUCAUUUAGUGACAGACCAAAGACAGGAAUUAGCAGCUCAGCCAGAAAGCGUUGUCUUUGUCUUAUAGCUGUUGUGAAAAAAAACAAGCAAUACUUCAAACGGGAUUUUUUGAGUAUUUCUCCUUCAGUUGCCCUUCUACAAUUAAGGAAGAAAAAAUGCAAAACCAAAGUUGUGACGUUUUCGACAAUUCAAUAGCGACUUCACCAUUGUUUUGCCGACGGAUCCGGCUGCGUUUUAUUACCCUUUUAACAUCUGGCGCACAUGGAAAGCAGGCUUCCAGAUGCCAAAUCCACACCCUAAGAAAUAACCGCAUUUUCAAAAAAGAGCUCCACUGGCGGCAUCUACAAGUGUCCCCUGCGUCUUUGCAUGGACUUCUUGACCAUGAGCCACGGAAACAGACCCAGGAGCAGCUGUAGUCGCGUCCGGCAGAAUGAGAGGAAUGUGGAGUUGUGCCGUUUAGAGAAAGGAAGCUUUGUCUCCCUCAGUCUGUCUCCUGUCUCCCUCGUUUUCCUCACAUACCCCGUUGAUUUUUUAUUUAUUUUUUUAAAGCGCUGGCAUAACAGCUGGCAUCCAAACACAACAAACCAAAUUGCCCAAAAACAAUUCCCCCAAAUGUUUUAAUGGCGGAAU